GGCCACACUGAGCUAGACAAGGGGAAAAACAAGGAAGAGCUCACAAGCAGGCAGGUCGGUGUGUGUGUGUGUAUGUGUGUGUGUGUGUGUGUUCACUUCUCCAGACGGUGCCUUGGAGACGAAUUAAAGAGGAGUUUACCCAGCCUGUGGGUCUCUCAACACGGAUAUGGACGUCCCGGAUUCUCCGAGUUGGAAUAUGGGGCUGUUGAGGACCUUUGACUCCUCUGAGUUUGGCAGCUGGGAGAAAAUUGGCUCAGGUGGAUUUGGACAAGUAUACAAAGUCCGGCACGUACAGUGGAAAACAUGGCUGGCUAUCAAGUGCCCUCCGUGCUUUCAUAUGGAUGACAAGGAGCGUUCAGAGCUGCUCGAGGAGGCUAAGAAGAUGGAGGCGGCCAAGUUCCGGUACAUCCUCCCUGUGUAUGGGAUCUGUGAUGAUCCCCAGGGCCUCGUCAUGGAGUACAUGGAGACCGGCUCCCUGGAGACCCUGCUGGCCACCGAGCCGCUGCCCUGGGAGCUGCGCUUCCGCAUUAUCCAUGAGAGCGCGGUGGGAAUGAACUUCCUCCACUGCAUGAACCCUCCACUGCUCCACCUGGAUCUGAAGCCUGCCAACAUCCUGCUGGAUGCCCACUAUCAUGUCAAGAUAUCGGAUUUUGGCCUGGCCCGGUGGAACGGCCUGUCACGGGCUGAUGACAUCAGCAGAGAUGGCUUCUGUGGCACGAUCGCCUACCUGCCACCUGAGAGCAUCAUAGAGAAGGACAGAGUGUCGGACACAAAGCACGACGUAUACAGUUUCUCUAUCGUCAUCUGGGGAGUCCUCACGCAGAAGAAACCCUACCAAGGAGAGAAUAACAUCCUGCAGAUCAUGGUGAAGGUGGUUAAGGGGGUGCGUCCAGACCUGGCUGCGGUGCCACGCUGUCGCCCUUCAGCCUGUUCAGGUUUCCUGAGCCUCAUGCAGCGCUGUUGGACCACAAACCCUGAAGCCAGACCCAGCUUCCAGGAUAUCACAUCUGAAGCUGAGGAGCUCUGCUCCAAACCCCAGGAGGAGCCCAGGACCCCGACCUUAUCUACACCGGAGCCCGAGCCCAGCGUUCUCACAAGUGACCAGGUCAACGACAACAGGUCAGUGCGUCCAAAGUCUGCCAUGUUGCCGGAAAAAGAUUACAGCCUAUCAGAGCUGCUGAGCCAGGUGGAUUCUGGGAUCUCCAGGAGCUUUGACCGAUUGAAGGAAGAGGGCUGCCACAGCAAAGAGAACACGUGCAAGAGACUGUCUGGCAUCUCCUCUGCAGAUUCAGCCUUCUCCUCCCAAGACUCUAUCACGCUGUCUUUUGAGAAAGAAAGCACAUGUGAUUCCGGUGAGGUCCAGAGGCGGAAGCUGUGUGAGGCCAUCAGGACCAAAGACACUGCCAAGCUGAUGAAGAUCCUCCAGCCUCAGGACGUCGACCUUCUCCUCGACGGAGGAGGCAGUCUACUCCACCACGCCAUCACCUUGAACAAUGAAGAGGCCGUCAAGUUCCUCCUCAUGAACAAUGCUAAUCCCAACCUUGCCAAUGCCCGUGGCUCUACACCUCUCCACCUGGCCACAGAGAAGCACCUGAAGCCCCUGGCCGAACUUCUGCUCGGGCGCCGCAGCACCAACAUCAAUGCCAAAGAUGAGGACCAGUACACAGCUUUGCACUGGGCUGCCCAGAAUGGGGACGAAGCAAUCACACGCCUGCUGCUGGACCGGGGGGCGGCCAUCAACGAGACCGAUGGCCAGGGUCGCACACCGGCUCAUGUUGCCUGCCAGCACGGUCAGGAGAAUGUCAUCCGAGUGCUGCUGAGCCGCGGCGCUGAUGUCCGAAUCAAAGGCAAGGACAACUGGACGGCGCUUCACUUGGCUGCCUGGCAAGGGCAUCUGGGCAUCGUUAAGCUGCUGGUCAAGCAGGCCGUUGCCGAUGUGGACGGGCAGACAACAGACGGCCGCACUCCGCUGCAUCUGGCGUCCAAGAGGGGGCAGUACAGAGUGGCACGGAUCCUGAUUGAACUAGGAGCAAACGUUCACAUGCGCUCUGCUGGGUUAAACACACCGCUACAUGUGGCGGCAGAGACGGGUCACACCAGCACCUCACGCCUCCUGAUCAAACACAAGGCAGAUAUCCACGCCCAGAAUGGCCCCGGACUCACUCCUCUCCACCUCGCCUCCCAGCAAGGCCACCUGGCCACUGUCAAGAUGCUGAUCGAAGAGGGGGCGGAUCCCUACAGAUCCACCCCUGUCCUGCGCACCGCUUGCCACCUGGCAGCGGAGCACGGACACUGCGACGUUCUGAGAGAGCUGCUCCUUCACUGUCCCGACGGCGGCGCUCUGUCAGACGAGCAGGGGCUCAUCCCGUUACACCUGGCGGUGCAGGGUGGAUACUCGGAUAUCGUAACUGUGCUGUUGCCACAGGACUGUCAGGACUUGGUUACUAGGAGCUCGGUGCAACCGGCCGCUGAACAGCCCGCCCCGCUGGAGGCCAAGCAGCUGCAGCGAAAAGUCGUCAUUCUCAAACUGACGGAGCACAGUGACAGCGACUGCCCGCAACCUGCCAGCUCACAGUGUGCCCCAGCAUCCUGCUAACCCGAGCAGAGACACUGAAAACUGUGCACAGGACCGUGUCAUUUUUUAUACACAACUGGCGCCUCAGACUGAGGGAGGGGACUAUCAUUCCAAUCUUAAGAGUUUUUUUGGACUUAAAAAAACCCUUUGAGGUACCUCGUAGAGGUCAGAAAAACGUAAAUGUAAAUAUGUACACUGUAAAUAGAGUAUAAAUACUUUGUUUUGACUUUAGACUUUUGUAUACUUUUUUACGUGACAAGCUUAUUUUUGAUGUAACAAGCACAUUUUGUGUAUCAGAAUUAUGAUCAGGAAACCUGUGGCCUUUGUCUCUACUGCACUGCAGCUGGUUAUCAGAACACAAACUCUGGUCACGAGCCUCAUUAGGUGAAUGCUGUGGAAUAGAUCGUCACAGCCUUUGCAUUUUUAAAAAGAAAAAAAAAAACCUUCAGUGUUCUGUACCUGUUACAUAUCAGUGCUUCAUCAUCCAUUAAAACAUUCAAAACCUUUA